AUGGGGAGUCAUGCCUCUGACGAUAAAAUCUACCUCUUAGGCCGGGAUGAGGCUGAAACCGAACGACUAAACAAGCAGCAUCGCUUCUUGCUGGCAAUCUCCGGGGAUGAAUUGAUGCACCCUUCUAUCCCGAGGGAUCAAAUUUCGGCGGUCGCGGACCUCGGCACGGGCACUGGAAUCUGGCUAGAGGAUUUCGCUCAAAAACACCCGAAUCCAUCCUCUCUCGACCUUCACGGCUUCGACAUCUCCCCCGCCCAGUUUCCCACCGGCCAUGAAAUCGUAGUCCCAGAAAAAACACGAAUCGCACUCUCCGUUCACGAUGCAUUACAACCCUACCCAGCCGAGCACCUCGGCCGCUACGAUCUCGUACACAUCCGGCUCCUAACAGCCGGACUGAAACAAGGCGACUACACAGUUGUUCUAAAGAACGCACGGGACCUAUUAAAACCAACCGGCUACCUCCAAUGGGAGGAAGUCGACACAACCACAUUCUGCACAAAUGGCCACCCCGAACUCCCCGCCAUAACAACCAUGCGCAACACCGUCAUCGACGCCAUGCUCAAACUUAACCUCUGGCCCUUCGCCCCGCCAACCGUUUACGAGGAAAUCCGCACAGGUGGGUUUAACAACGUACACCGGGAAACGUACACUACCGAGGGGAAGGAGCAUUUAUACGCGAUCGCGCCGAAGUGGGUUACUGGCGUGAUGCGGGCGCUUGUACCGCAGUCGAUGGUGGUGCUGGGUCAGGCGGGGAGUGAGGAGGAGGCGAAGGGGAAGACGGAGGGGUUGAUUGGCGAGUUUGAGGAGCAUUGUCGUCGGGCGUUGGCGUUGGCUUCGUUUGGGGUUUCGGUUGGGCAGAGGGGUGAUUGA